AUGAUAACAGAUGACAUUCUCGAAACCGUUCUCGAAGCUAAAUCGCGGGAACCAACGACUGAUUUCUUAGACUGGCCCUCAAUGAGUAUUCAAUUAUUAGCUAAAGAGACUGAGUUUCCAACGCCAGAUGAAAUAACCGCAAAUCUUCACGCGUGCAUAUCAUCUUGUGUGCAGUCUGGAUCUGGGCCCAAUUCUCGAUUCUCCAAAGGCAUUCUUGAAAGGCCAUACCAUUUAGCCUUAUCAGAAAUGAUUAACAAGUGUUUUGCUAAUGGCGGUUCGUUUCCUGAAGAUGUUGUCAAUAGUCAAGUGUAUAUGCUAGAAGGUGUUAAUGUUGCAAGGCUGAAAGAAAUAGAGCAACGAAUGAUUGCAAUACAUAAUUCAUGGGCUUCCAUCUCACCAUCACUAUCAGAGAAGUUAUCCACGUUAGAAGAUUUUUUGUUUAAAUUUCUUACUCCAAAAGACGUAAACACGUUCCUAGGAUUGCGCACGACAGUCGGAUCUGCCGUCUAUUUGCCCCCUUCGUUGAACGAGUGUGUAAAUGCUUUUACAAAAAUACACACAAAAAGUAAAGUUAUAGAACAAAGUGGAGGGGAGCAGGGCAGUGGAAGUGAGGGGAGUAUUGGCGAUGGAGAAAAUAAGCGUCGCAAAAUCAAAGUAAACACUUUGACAGUAGGGGCAAAGGCUUUCUCCAAACAUUGUCACAGAGACCGAUCGAAAAAUUUUUGGGGCACGUGUACGGGAACCGAAAAGCAAAAGAACGAACAAGCCAACCUUGUCCUGGCCAAGAUUAUAACCAAUGCGGCAUGGAUUAAUCUCCAUUCACUUCCGCAUAACAUACUCACAUAUGAGAUACGCACCGCAGAAGGAUAUGGUGCACGAUGGACACUGAAUGCGCCGUUGACGUCAACUAAUAGCUCUGCAACUCAAGCACCAACUCCAUCUUCAUCAAAAACAUCACCUUCUGUGUUCGAUUCUUCUCAUUCUCCUCAAACUUCACUCACAUUCCGCGGAUUUUUAGAACCUCAGAUGGAAAACGGACACGGGAAGAAGUGGAUUCAUUGA